UACUAAAAGUUCAAAAGGAAUCAUCCAACAUAUAUGCAUUUCCUUUUCAACUUACACCGUGAGUCAUAAUUCAUAAGUGAACUUUGAUCAAAUCCCUUCCACCAUAAAGUUAUUCUAACUUUCCCAAAUCAGUGUCUAUCAAUGACCUAAUAACUUUAAACACAAGUAAUUACAUCCACAACUCUAAGAAUCUAGUAUAAAGGACACAAACUUUUAGUUUAAAAGCUCUUGGAAUAAGAACAAAUCUUUAUUCAGAUUCCACUACUUUUCCUCUACAAAUCAUAUCUAGAGCCUUCCAAGAGUAGGAGACUUAUGAAAUCUAUAUAAACAAGUCAUAAUAUAGUUGUCCUCAUAAUACAAAUUCAUACUAAAGCCAAAUUGUAUCAAAAGUCCUUAGAAAAUUAAAAUACCAUGUCAAAAUUGAGUUUUCUAAAGCUUCAUGGUAGCUUUUCAGCCAAGCCAAUAUCUCCGCGAAAAAAUAUAGCCGAACAGAACAGCUUCAAGUUGAGAGAGACAUCGAAUGCUGAAAUGAGUUUCCAACCAAAGAAAGAUGAAAUGAAAUGGGUGUUUGAGAAAUUCGACAAAAACAAAGAUGGCAAGAUUAGUCUGGAAGAGUAUAAAGCAGCUGCAAAAGCUUUGGAUAAGGGGAUUAUUUGUGACAAUGAUGCAGUGAAAGCAUUUAAAGCAAUGGACUCUGACAAAGAUGGCUUCAUAGACUUUAAAGAGUUUAUGGAAAUGUUCAAUGGAGAAGGUAGUAAGAUAAAAGAAGAAGAUAUUAAGAGUGCUUUUCAAGUAUUUGAUAUAAAUGGUGAUGGGAAAAUUAGUGCUGAGGAAUUGUCUCAAAUAUUUAAGAGGUUAGGAGAGAGUUGUAGCCUUAGUGCUUGUAAGAAAAUGGUGAAAGGGGUUGAUAGUGAUGGAGAUGGUCUUAUUGAUUUGAAUGAGUUUACAAGGAUGAUGAUGAAUGGCAAGAAAUGUGCCUAAGUUAUCAUAUUUUGUUUGUUUCUUUUGUUUUUCUUUUAUUAGUUAUGAAUAAUUUUUUCGGUAUAGAGGAAAAUAAUAUGGUUUAGUGUUUCUCAA